AUGAUGGCGAGGAACGCAAACACGUACAAUGCCACCAUCUCCAUCUUACAAUGCGAUCUGAUCGUGCGUUUCAAGAAUCUCAUUCUCUUCACCGUCUUUCUUCUCGUCUGCUUCGUUCAUGCAGAACACCUGCGAUUCCGUCGACAAGGGAGCUCGUUUCAAAACGCGGGCGCGGAAUGCGAGACGCCCGAGCCGAACGUUCGACCAGGAACGUGCACCCAUAUCAGAGAAUGUGAUGAGCUCUACUCUCUCCUACGAGGACCGAAUCGGAAUAUCCCAUACGUGAGACAGUCCAUUUGUUUCAUCCCGGCAAGUGGAGGGGAUCCCUAUGUCUGCUGUCCGGCGGCUAAACCCCCUGAGCCCGUUCCAGUGAUCGAAAAGACAGUCGAUAAAACAAAGCUGUUCCCAGAUCCUCGCAAGUAUGAAUGCGGGAUUGAGAUCAAUGACAGGAUAGUGAACGGGGAAGAUGCUCCCCUCGGAGCGUGGCCCUGGAUGGCUCUGCUUUUCUAUCAAACUCCUGGGGGAGGAUUGAAGCCAGGCUGUGGUGGAACUGUGAUCAACAAAAGAUACGUAAUCACAGCUGCACAUUGUGUCAGUCCUGGAAUCAUCGGCGAAUACAAACUCGCAUACGCGAGACUGGGAGAGCAUAAGUUAUCGACAAAUCCAGAUUGCAAAGGUCUGAAGAAGCAGGUGUGCCAACCGCCAGCAAUCGAUGCGGAAGUGCAAGAGAUCAUCUACCAUCCCAAUUUCAUCCAAGACGGCCGAAAGGGCGCUAAGUUUGACAUUGCCCUCCUCCGUCUUGCCAAGGACAUCGACCUUAAGACUGGUAGCAUUGCUCCGAUCUGUCUGCCGUUUGACAAGGAAAUUGUUGCACCGGAUGGAGAUCUUUCCUUUGAUAACAAGACUGGUUGGGUGACAGGGUGGGGGAAGACAAGCGUCAGUAGCAUUGCUCCGAUCUGUCUGCCGUUUGACAAGGAAAUUGUUGCACCGGAUGGAGAUCUUUCCUUUGAUAACAAGACUGGUUGGGUGACAGGGUGGGGGAAGACAAGCGUCACGAGGCCGAACAACGGGAGUGACGUCCUGCAACAGCUGAAGGUACCGAUCGUCCCGCUGACGAAAUGUGCCGCCACUCCCGUCUACAAGACGGUGGAAUUCAACGAGGAACAUGUCUGUGCCGGAGGGGAACCUAAUAAGGACUCUUGCAAAGGAGACAGCGGAGGGCCAUUGGUGGUCUUGAGACCUCAAGAAGGGCAUGCUCAAUAUUUUCUCAUCGGUGUUGUCUCUUUUGGUACUCCAUAUUGUGGGCUCAUUGCUGCUCCCGGUGUUUACGCUCGCGUCACUCACUAUCUCGACUGGAUCCUCGAGCACGUUCAGGAAUGACCUACCUUAUCGUUCUCUCUGCCUCCAAUAUCUAUCAGCAUCUGAUAUGCUUAAUUUUUUUGGAUACUCACUUGAAAAAAGCAGGACCGUGACCCAAGCCUUUGGAUUUCAUUGAAAGAAUUGAAAACUUGAAUAAACAAAUAAUUGCAAAUAAUAUA